CCCCUACGCCUCGACCUCGUCCGCCCUCGUCGCCUCGGACCCCACUCUCGCCCGAGCCACCUCGCCAGCUCGCCUCGCGUCAACACGGCACAGCCAUGGCUCCCUUGCCUGCGUUGAUCAUCGUCAUGGGCACCUCGGGCUGCGGCAAGUCGACGGUCGGCCUCGCCAUCGCAAAACAGCUCGGCAUCCCCUUUGUUGACGGCGACGACCUGCACCCGGCCGCCAACGUCGCAAAGAUGUCGCACGGCCACCCGCUCAACGACGAGGACCGCAUCCCCUGGCUUCACCGCAUCCGCGAGACGGCCAUCCUCCUCACCUCGCCUCCCGGCCUCGCCGCCCUCGACCGUCCCUCGCACCCGCCCUCGCCCGACGAGGUCCACUCGGCGCCCCUCUCGCACGAGCUCGCCGGCGCCCUGCAGCACGUCCACCCGGACGCCCUCGCGGCCCGGCUCGAGCGCACCCACGGCCAGGGCAUCACGCGCGAGCGCGCCGCGUGCGUCGUCGCGUGCUCGGCCCUCACCAAGGAGUACCGCAAGCUCCUGAGGGGCGAGGAGGCGAGGUUCCACCUGCCCGACGGGCGCGAGGUCGUGUCCGACUCGCACCUCGAGCCGCACAUCGAGACCUUUUUCGUCUACCUGCACGGCACGCGCGCGCUGCUGCUCAAGCGCAUGGAGGCGCGCGCGGCCCACUUUAUGAAGGCGUCGAUGCUCGACAGCCAGCUCGCGACGCUCGAGCCGCCGCACGAGACGGACGAGGUCAACGUGGCGGUCGUGCGGCUCGGGCAGGGCGAGGACGAGGCCGAGGAGAGGGGCAAGGAGGUCGUGUGCCAGGAUGCGGUCGAGCGGGCGAGGAGGUUUGUCGGCUAGACGGGUUCUCUCGGUGUAGAGGCGGUUGCACAUAGAGUCUGCUGUCGCUGUUGCUCGUC